AUGCCUGCCGACACACGAGAUGCUCGGGUUCCUGUAGACAGGGGCUGGGCCUGGAUGGUUCUUAUUGGUUCACUGCUUGUAUCCACGAUCACUGUGGGAACGGAGAAAUCGUAUGGAAUAUUCUUCAUAGAAUUCCUCCGGACGUUCAAAGGCACGGUGUUUAUGACAGUAAUGAUAAACACAAUUAUGACAACGGUUUACUGUUUUACAGCGGCAUCUUUACUAUUGAUUGGCUUCAAGCGACUCAGUGUCCGAGCGUCCGUCUUCUUGGGAAUAACACUUGGCGCUAUUGGGUAUGGUAUCAGCAGCUUUGCUACUGGACUGGAGUACCUCAUAGCGUCACAGAGUAUCCUUAUAGGGCUUGGCCAUGCGUUGCACAAUCCACCGAUAUUUAUGCUUCUUGGAGAAUACUUUGACAAGAAAAAAGGCCUAGCAAAUGCGGUCUAUAUAUCCGGUAACUCUCUUGGCGGCAUCAUCAUGCCUCCGCUGUAUCGGUAUAUAUUUGACCAAUAUGGAUUGCAUGGAGGUCUUAUACUCACGGCGGGGAUAACUUUGAACUCUUUAGUUGGUGCAGCGUUUCUUCGCCCGACCAAAUUCUACACUAAAUACGGUCAAAAGAAAACAUGUGGAAAUGGGGUUGCAGAGAAGGAAAACCCUAUCAAUCAAGACAAUUCACAAGAAAAAGAUUCAAAUGACUGCUUCGAAGGCACUGGCGAUUCCAAUACUCUAUACCCAUUAAUAUCGACACAAAGAGGAAAACAACAUGUCUGCAAGAGAGGGUAG